CCCUCUUGAUUUUCCGACUGUAAGUCAGGAUUAAUUGCUCUUCUGUUAUCCUUAGAACAAUUCCCCAUAGUCUGACCUAUUAGUAAAGCAUGUGAUUACAUAAAUAUCCAAUACCCCUAUACAGAGACUCAAGUUUGUAACUACUUGUAUGCUUUGGAGUCACCUAUUACUUGCUCCUGCAUUAGUUAUUUUCUGUGGAUUAGAAGUUGUCAGUUUCAGUUUUCUCCUUCCAACGAGGGCGCCCUGAGAAUUAAAAAAGAAAAAAAAAAAAUGGAACCACAUCUUGACACUAUAAUGGAAGUGGAGUUGACAUUUCUCUAACGAUGUUUACCCAACACAUUUUGAGAACAUUAAUUAUUAACAUAAGUAAUGCUAGGUUUGGGAAGUUCUGCUGGGACCCUUCCUUGGAUUUGGAGAGGACCACCUUAUGCUAUCAAGUCCUCAGAGUUAAAUACUUUCCCGAUGGAGAUUUCUUGGGAGCUUCUGCAGGAGCUAACGCUUCUAUGGUCUGGCAAGGGGUUGUUGCUGGCCUUGGUAUUCUUAAAUUGGGAUCAACAUGGAGAAUAGGUACUGGACAGGACGUCAGACUUUGGAGAGACAACUAGUUGCCUUCUGGGGCCAUCCCUCGGCCACAGUCUGCUCUUGUUUACCAGGACAUGGAUGAUAGGGUCAGUGCUUUAAUAGAUGUAAAUAAAGGCUGCUGGAAGUAAGGAGAUGUUCGACAACAGUUCUGUGCAGAAGAUGCAGAGAGCAUUCUACACAUCAACCUUAGUAGAAGCUGCUCCUUUGAUAGAUUAAUAUGGCUUGGGACCAACAAUGGCAAAUUUUCGGUUAAAUCUACAUACAAAUAUGCUUGGGAGUUGAUCUUUGGCACUCAAUAUCACGCCCAUGAUCAAUUCCUGAAACCAGUUUGGAAAGUGCAGAACAAAUAAGGAGUACCAAUGGUAUUAAUACCCAGAAUCCGUUAAUGAGUGGGGAGAAACUUGCGAUUCCAUUGCCAUGCACAUGCUUUGACAAUGUUAACAAUGGGAUUGCUUCAGUGUACUCGUCAUAUGUAGUGCAAAGGGGGGAUAGUUUGGCCAGCAUUGGGGCUCAAUUUGGAGUAAGUACUAUGAACUUGGUGGCAGUGAAUGGGCUCAGCCAGCCGGGAGUUGAUCCUGGAGACAUACUCUCCAUCGCAAUUGCAGAUUUACAGCAUGUUCAUCUGCAAACCUCAACUGGUACAAUGAGAGCCUAAUUGUUCCCAAUGGAUCAUAUGCUCUUACUGCCAACAGCUGCAUCAAAUGUUCUUGUGGACAGCAUGACCUCAAUUUGCGAUGCGGGCCCUCUGGUAUUGAAACCACAUGCUCUCUGUUAUCUGAGCUUUUUAUUGGCGACUCACAUGUGGAUCAGACGGCUACAGGGUGUAACAUCACUACUUGUGUUUACCGUGGCCAUCUUGG